AUGGCUCAGCAACGGGCCCCCAACCCCCGCCAACGGAGAAUCAUCCAGCUCUCCCAGAAAUGGGGCGUCACCUUACCCCCGGCCGCGUCCCGUCUUGAGAGGCCCUCUCACCCUCCCUCGUACCGCACCCCGACGGACGAUGAGACCGCCGAGGGUCUCCUCCAGCGCCAUGCCGUUGAUGUCGCGCAGGUGAACCGCCGCCGCAGCGGCCUCUCGCGAGCCUUCUCGACGAACAACCUCAAGAAGGGCAAGAAUUGGGACCCCCACCACGUACUCGAGGUCCUGACCACGUACAUUGCCCACUCGCACUCGGGGACGGCCGGCGUGGUGGAGGCCCUGAUCGCCCAGCUCGAGGCGUCGGGCGCCGACCUGGGCGCCAUGCAUAUCCAGAAGUCGGGCAUGCUGAGCAGGCGGAAGAGCCUCGAGGGCGUCGUCGACCGUACAAAGAUGCUCACCACGGCCGUGCAGAACAACCAGCUCGAGAUGGUACACGUCCUCCUCCCGCACGCCGACCCGCUCUCCCUCGACGCAGCUCUCCCUCUGGCCAUCAGGCAGGGCAACACCCCCAUCGCCGAGCUCCUCGUCAGGUACGGCGCCAACAUGUCGCAGACGGCAGAGGGCCAGGACGCCUUCCGUCGGGCUUGCAGCGUCCCCGUCCUGUCCGACAUGAUCGGCGUGCUCGUGCAGUCCGAGGGCCGCCCGUCCGACACCUUGGCAUCGCAGUCGAUGGUCGACGCUGCUCGCGUAGGCGCGCUCGAUACCGUUCUCCAGCUGAGCCGCACCGUGGCCGACGGCGACUACAACCACGCCGAGGCACUGCGUGUUGCCGUGGCCCAGGGCCGUGGAGACGUUGCCGUCGCCAUCGUCAUGGGCAACAGGCCGCCCAAGAACCCCGGUGUCAGCCAGGCUUUCGCCAUGGUGAGCCACAGCCAGACUACGACGCCCUCCACGAAACUCCAGAUCGCAGAGCUGCUGCUCUGCGCGGGCGCCCAAGGUGACGUCCUCUCCCAGGCCCUCCAGAAGGCAUGCGACUCGCACUUUUACGAGAUGGCUAGCCUGUUGGCUGCCUACGGCGUGUCGAUAGAGUAUGACGGCGCAUCCGUCCUCAGGACGGCCAUCAUGCAGGGCCAGCUCGACCUCGUCUCGUCUCUGCUGAAUGACUCCUCCACACUCAGUCCCGAGCUUGCUUCGGGCUGUGUCGGCGCCAUCCCUCCGCAGAUCAGCAACCCCGACAGACACCUCCUUCUCAGCCUCUUGCUCAAGAAGGGCGCAAAGGGCGCCCCGCUCGACGAGAUGCUCGUCGUCGCCGCCCAGAAUAACGACGUGGCAUCCGUCGAGCUCCUGGUGAGCCCCUACUUUCCCGAAACCGGGAGGGGGACGGGCCACAGCCAGGUCGGUCGGAGACAUGAAGUGGCUUCCCCCGAUUACAAGAGCGGCGAGGCACUGCGUACAGCCGUGUUGCGCGCCGACACCGACAUGGCCGGCUUGAUUCUCUCGGCCCAGCCGUCCCCCGAGACGCUCUCAGCCGUCUUCCCCCUGACAAAGAAUCUCCCGACCGGCGAACGCUCCCAGAUCAUACGACUGUUCCUCAACGGCGCCCUAUCCGGGCCUCCACUCCAUGCUGCGCUGCAGGACGCCCUCGCCGAGGACCCAUCCACCCGGGACGACAGCCUCGUCAAACUGCUGUUGGAGCACGACGCCGAUAUCAACUACAAGAACGGGCCCGGACUGCACGCGAUCAUCAUGCAGGGCGACAUCCGCCUUAUGGAGCGCCUGAUGCAGCGAGCCUCCCCCCAGACUGCCGCGGCGCGUAUCCCGGGCAUCAUGAAGAUAUCGGACCACCGCACGCGCCACGACAUGAUGGCCCUGAUGUUCCGGUCCGGGGCGGCCAUCGGCGUCGAAGAAGUCUGCUCGGCCCUCGUCGACACCCUGCGCGAAAAGCCGGUAGACAUGUCACUCCUCAGACUACUCCUCCAACGGGGGAAUGCCGACAUAAACAACCCCAAGUACCCCGCGACACCCUACGCCGUAGCCAACCCCGACCCUGAGGUACUCGAGUUGGUCCUCACAUUUGGCAAGCCGGCUCCCGAGACCAUCAGCAAAUCCCUCGCCGAGAUCGCGGCCCUGCCGCCUACCGACGGCAAGACCAGGAAGUUCAAGGUGACGCUGGGUAAGGCCCGGCGCAAAGAAGACCUGGGCGGCCUGCUGGCCUCGGAGGUGCGGUCCAUUGUACAGAACAGCGCCCGGCAACCCGCGACGCUACUAUCACUGCAGCUCCUCCUCGAGAGGGGCGCCGACCCGAACGACUACCAGGGCGCGGCGCUGUGCCACGCCGUCGCGGCAGCCAACGCUCCCGUCUUCGACAUCCUGCUCGAGUGCCCGCGCCCCCCGACGGCCGAGUCGCUGGGCGCCGCGCUGCCCCACGCCCUCAAGAUCACCGACAGCAUGGACCGCAUGUCCUUCACCAAGAAGCUCAUCGACGCCGGUGCGUCCCCCCAGGAGGUCAAUAGGGGGCUCGUGCACUCCAUAGCCAACUUCACCGACGACAUCUUCCUCAUCGACACCCUGGCCAGCGCAGCCGACAUGUCGGACGGGGAGGCCCUCGUGCUCGCCACGUCCAAGGCCUCCCCGCCCGCCGUGGACAAACUCCUGUCCCAGACCGAGAAGCACACACCCGAGGCCAAGGAUACGGCCCUCCAGAAGGCCAUGAGCGUGCGCGACCGCGCCGUCCGCCGCAGGCUGUGCCAGAGCCUCCUGGUGGACGGGGUGUCCCCGCACGUGGCGUCUAGCGCGCUCCUGGUCGCCGCACGGGAUGGCGACCUCGAGUUGGGAGACAUCCUCAUGCUCCACGGGGCGAACAUCGCCUCCAACGGUGGGCAGGCCAUCAUCGAGGCCUGCCGCGGCGGGUCAGCUGAGGUCCUGGAGGUGCUCCUGCGCAGCGAGAAGCAUCAUCCCGACAAGGGCACUCUAGAGCGUGGGUUCCAGGCCGCUACCGAGGUGGGCGAUCUGAGUCGGAGGGCUGUCAUCUUUGAAAAGCUGCUGGACAGGGGCGUGUCCGGCGAGGCUGUCGACGUCCAGCUCGUCUCCUCCGCCAGGUACGGGGAGCAGGGCCAGGACGCACUCAGGGUUCUCCUGGCGGCCGGGGCGGAUCCGAACUACAACGGGGGUGAGGCUGUCGUUGCAGCCACGAGGAGUGCCUUCAUCGGGAACCUGGAGGCGCUGCUGGGGUUGUGGGAUGCAGAGGGGAGACAGCGAAAACCAUCCCACCCAACACUGGUCAAGGCACUCAAGUCCUCGUGGAACCUGAGCCGCGACACACGCCUCCAAGUCGUCAGCAGCCUGUUCAAGGCUGGGCUGCAACCAGCCGACGACGUGCACAUCGCCCUCAACUGGGCCGUCAACGAGGAAGACCCGGACGAGAGGCUGGUCAAGCUGCUCCUCGACUGCGGCGCCUCACCAACAGCGAACGACUGCAAGACUGUCGUUGAUGCGGUGAAGAACUCGCUCGCCUCGCCUGCAUCCAACGCCACGCUUAGCCUGGUCAUCAACGGCAAUCUCCCCCAGGAGGCCGUCGACAAGGCCUUUGUGCGGUGCUUCACGGCCGACAACUUCCACGAUUGGUACUGCGAGUCCGGCAUGAGUGCCAUGGAACUCCUACUUGGCAAGGGAGCCGGGGGGGGGGCCCUGAGCGAGCUCCUCGUCCUGGUCAUGAAGGCGCCCAACGACACGGAUGAGACGCAUGGCCUGGCAAAGGACUUCUUCGACAUCAUCGUCGCCCACGGACCCGACGUGAACCACAACAGCGGCGAAGCCCUACAGCUGGCAGCCUCUCAGGCCAACACGGACUGGACGGCCAGGCUUCUCGCCUGCCGCCCCUCGACCGAGUCCCUCUCCUACGCGUUCCAGCACAUCUUCGACACUCGGCUCGACCAGACCGACGCGCUGCAGCUUUUCGAGAUGUUCUCCGCGUACCGCGACGGCGAGACGGCUAUCGACGUCAUGGCCCAGCAGCCCGGGACCCAACCGGUGCUCGUCCGCGCCAUGGCGCAGUAUCCCCGGUCCACCAAGAUCCUGCAGACGCUGCUCGAUGCAGGCUUCUACCAUGACCAGAUCACCUUCUACAGUCUGCACGACGAAGAGGAGGAGAUGACGCUUCUGACGUGGGCUGUUGCGCAGCCGCAGAAGAAGAUAAGCUCGUCUCUCAUCGAGCUGCUUCUUGCUCGAGGUGCCAAGGUCAACGUCGCUUCGCGUCUCUCCGAGACAACGCCGUUGAUGCUUGCCGUGCAGAACCGUCGGCCGGACGUGGUCAAGAUGAUGCUCCUCGAGGGUGCGGAUGUCGACGUAGCCGACUGCCUGGGCCGCUCCCCGCUGUCGAUGGCCACCGACAUAGGCGGCGACCUGGCCAUCGAGAUGAUGGGGUAUCUCCUGGCGGCAGAGCCCUCCAGGGACGACGGCUCGCUCCACAACGCGGCACGGGAACUGAACCUCGCGGCCGUCAAGAUCCUCAUGCAGGCAGGCCAUGACCCGGACUUCCCCAGCCCGUGCCACGACGGACGCAGCGCCCUGGGGGAAGUGUGCCUCAAGGGAUCGGCGUCGUACGGCGACCUGACUGCGGACCGCGAAAGGGCGAUGCAGAAGGUAGUCGGGUACCUGGUGGACCAGGGGUCCGACCUGACCAUCAAGUUCUCGGGCGGCAAGUCGCUCGUGCACCUCUCGCUGCAGUCUCCCGACGCGGUAGCGACGACGCGCGUCCUCCUCAAGGCGGGCAUGUGGAAGCACAUCAACGACCCGUUCAACCGAUACGACGACGGGACGAACACGUACUCGCCGACCAUGUACGUCAAGAAGCUGUACCGGGGCGACGGCAACAGGGAGGAGCUCCUGCAGCUGCUGUACGCCAACCGGGCGACCGACGUCUUCUACGCCAACGAGGGUCGCCAGCCCGCCGACGCCGUGGGCAUGCCGCAGGACAUUCAGGCGGCGGAGCGCGCGCGCAGGAUGCGCGAGGAGCGCCUGGCCGAGGAGUCGGAGGACUUUGCGCUGGCGAUGGCGCGCAAGCGCGAGCAGGCGAGCGUGGAGAAUCAGCUGGCCUCGCAACGGGCCGAGCUGGAGGACGCCCGCCGCCGCAAGUGGCAGGCAGACGACCUCUCGGCGAUCCGGUCGCGCGCCCAGCUCCAGGAGUCUCUCGAGAUGGGCGCGCACAACCGCCGCGUGUCGGAGCAGCGCGCGCUGACCGAGUCGGCCGUCGCGCGCGCCCGCGCCGUGUCCGCUGCCGAGAUCGACCACAGGCGCAAGAUGAUUGACUGGGAUGCCAGGGCGGGCAGGGAGCGCGUCGACAACGAGCGCGCCCUCGGCGCCGUGCGCGUCGAGGAGAGGACCGAGCUCGACAGGCUCGAGAGGGCCGCCGACGAGCGCCUGGCCAGACGCCUAGACGCCCAGAACAAGGUCAUCGAGAGUCAGGAGAGGCUGGCGAGGAGUAUCGCUCCUGGUCCCGUGGGGGCUAAUCAGCGGAGACAGAUUGGUUAUGUGUCUGAGGAGCUUAACUGA